GGCAAAACCCCCACCUUUGGCCGCUUCCCCCCCAAUUCCACCACUCCUCGUCGUGUGUCCCCGGCGCGGCGGCGGUGGCGGUGGCGAUGCCUGACCAGCGGCCAAAGCGGGCGUCCGACCCCGCCGCCUCGCCGGCGGCGAAGCGCGCGCGCGACCCGUCCGCGCCGGUGUUCCCCACGUACAAGGACGCCCCCGACCUGCCCCCAAAGAUCCGUCUCCUGUGCGAGAUCCUGGCGUCGUCGGCUCCCAACGUCGACGCGGCGCUUGACGACGCCGACGUCCGCGUCACCUCCCCCGACGUCGAGCAGGUGCUGCGCUUCUCCUACGCGCACCCGCGCGCUGCCGUCGCCUUCUUCCGCUGGGCGGGACACCGCCACCUCAGCCACCAGCACUCCCCCUACUCCUGGAACCUCAUCGUCGACCUCCUCGGCAAGAACCGCCUGUUCGAGCCCAUGUGGGACACCGUCUCCUCCAUGCGGACCCAGGGCCUGCUCUCCCUCGCCACCUUCGCCUCCGUGUUCUCCUCCCUGGCGGCCAACCCCGGCAGCUCCCCUCUUAAGGCGUUCAUGGAGCUGCCGAUGUACGGCAUGCGCCGCGACACGCCGGCGCUCAACUCACUCCUCUCCGCGCUCUGCCGCGCCUCCCGCCUGGACGAUGCCCGCGCCGCGAUCCCCGUGGCACGGGCCGAGGCCGGCACCCGCCCCGACGGCGACUCCUACGCCAUCCUUCUAGAGGGCUGCGAGGCUGCUGCCGACCCUCAUGUUGCACGCGAGGUGUUCGACGAGAUGGCGCGCGUCAUCGGACUCGAUCCUGCCAAUGUCCCGGCCUAUGACUCGUUCCUCGCUACACUGAUCUCAAGUGGCUCCUCCACGGCGCUAAUGGAGGCGAUGGACUACCUCGCCGUCUUGCACCGGCAGAGGUGCUCUCCCGGGGAGAAGUUCUUCCGCGCCGCACUGGCUGCACACCUCAAGGCCCGUGAACUGCGCGGCGCGGUGGUGCUUUGGAACGACUUCGUCGGACGGCGAGGCCUCAUCCCAGACAAGGAAAUGUACAGCACGAUGAUCAUGCUGCAGGGCACUCUUGGUCAUCCUGAGGUGAUCGUGGAGUACCUUGACGAGAUGGCCUUCAAUGGAGUCUUUCCUGAUGCGGACACGUACAACAUGGUCUUCCACUUCUUGCUGAAGGGGAGGAAGCUCCGGGAGGCAUCGGCGAUAUUUAGCGAGAUGAUCAAGAACGAGUUUUGGCCCAACGAGGCAAAUUGCUCGCUCGCGCUGCGUAUGUUCUUGGAUACACGAGACUGGGAUACAGGGAUCAAGCUGUGGAGAUGCAUGGUGGAGAAUGGGCUCCCGCCAUUGGAGGAGAGCGGGAACAUGCUCGUAUCAAAGCUGAAGGAUGAGAGGUUACCUGAGGCAUGUAAAUAUGCAGAAGACAUGAUUGAUCGAGGCAUCAAAGUGAGCUCGUCCACAAUGUCAAAAUUGAAGCAAUGUCUGGUGAAGGUUUAUAAAGGAAAUAUCCACGAACACCUACUUAGAAAAUGGAAGGCACUGUAGGUAUUUUUUUACCUCCCCUGUUUGGUCAACUAGGAGUCAAAAAAAAAAAAAGCUAACGUUUUGCCUCCAGUAGUGGAAUUGCGGCUUGAUAGUGAAUUUCUGGUAGGAACAUUGUGCACAUUGCAUCUGUAUUAGUUGCAAAGCAUUGGCUCAAAGCCUCAAAGCUAGGUGUACAAUGUAACAUGUUUGGUUAAGGUAGUUUGCUAAAGAUGCCUUCCUUUUGCAUGGGUUUCUUGCAUAUAAACUUCAGUUUUUUCUUCGAGUUUUUUUUUCCUCGUGACUUGGAAGUGUAACAUUCAUCAGUGCUAGUGAACUUUUAGUUAGAUACCUAGAUUGUCUUACAUGUGGCAAGGAAUACAACCUAUAGUUUCCUCUAGUUGAAUUUCUGGCUGCAAAUAUAGGAUCCAAGGAAUUCGCAUCAAAUAUUCAU